AUGUUUGGUCCGUUACACACACACGGCCACACGGACAUGGGCAAUCCUACUGGGCGGGGCCCCCCUGGACGCUUUGCGCUGGGGCCCCGCCCCCAAAAGCUGUCAGCUUCUUCGGUGCACCGGCCGGUGCACCGGCCGUUCUGCGAAAAAAUUGCAGCUUCUUCGCAGUCGUAUGACGCGACAGCCCUCCAUGUGUUCAAUGAACGCCCUUCCAUGUGCGCCCUUCCAUGUUCAAAGCAAAUAUCUUGUAGGAACCAGCUUCGGCCCAGGGGCAGCCUGGGCCUGAAUCCGAAGACAAACUUCUGUGUCGUAGCUGGAAAUGGACGGGUUCAGGGUUGUUUCGAUGCAUGGUCGAUUCGUCAGAAUUCUGAACUGUUCGAAUUCCAGGGUACGACAGCUACGGGCAGUUAG